UUACUAACAUAAAGUAACUAUCAUGUUUGACUUGACUAUAUGUAGUUAUAGGAGUGAUUAUUAUUAAUUUUAACAUCAGAAGUGCUUUUAAUUCAAUCAAAUAUUUAUCUACGUUGCAUUUCUAAAAUAAGUUUUAAAAACAAAAAUGUUGUGUUCACGAUUUAAAAUAACACCAAAUAUUAACAAAAAUUAUAAGGUUUUACGAUGUUUAUUAUCGACAACAAAUGUUGCAGUUGAGUGGGAUAAUGCACAACCUUUUGAAACACUUCCAGGACCAAAACCACUACCAAUUUUGGGAAAUGCGCCGAGAUUUUUGCCACCUUUCGGUGAAUAUUCUGGUAAAAAUUUCCUGCAAAUAUAUCAACAAUUGCAAAAACAAUAUGGGGAUAUAAUGGUUUUAAGAGGAUUACCAGGAAGAGAACCAAUAGUUGUUACAUACUCUGUAAAUGAUAUUGAAACGAUGUAUCGAAAUGAAGGACCCAGACCUUAUCGUCCCGGAUUAGACUCGUUAAGAUACUACAGAAAACAUGUUCGGAAUGAUGUACAUAAAAUAUUGGGAUUAGCACUUUCCCAAGGUGAUGACUGGUGGGAUAUGCGAUCAAAGGUCAAUCCUGUUAUGAUGAAAACACAAUCAAUUCGACGUUAUACAAAAACGGUAUCAUCCAUAGCAGAUGAUUUAAUAAAAAAGAUUGAUAUUUUAUUGAGUAAAAGUGAUAAAUCAGAAUUACCUGACGAUUUUUUAAAUGAAUUAUUUCGAUGGAGUUUAGAGACAGUUUGUGCAAUUGCACUUGAUACACGGCUUGGGUGUUUGGAUCCUAAUAUGUCACACGAUUCUGAAGCACAGAAAAUGAUUGACGCAUCUGUAGAGAUGUUUGAAUGCAUUUAUGAAUUAGAUAUUCUUCCAUCAGUUUGGAAAUUUGUUAGUACACCAACGUUAAAAAAAUCAAUUAAAGUUAAUGAUUUUAUAACCAGCUAUGUGAUGAAACAUUUGGAUGCUGCAGAAGAAAGAAUGAAAAAUAAACCUUCAAAUUCGGAUCAUGAACCUAGUAUAUUAGAGCGGUUAAUUGUUAUUGAUAAAAAUGUUGCUAGUGCGAUGGUUAAUGAUGCUAUGAUAGCGGGGAUUGAAACGACCAGUAAAACAGUUGCUACAGUUAUGUAUUUCUUAGCAACUAAUCCAAAUGCUCAAGAUAAGUUACGAGAGGAAAUAAAUACAAUAUGGUCAGAUUCAUCAACGGACAUUACAAGUAAACAAAUCGAUCAAAUGCUAUAUCUCCGAGCCUGUAUUAAAGAGGCACAAAGAAUAGCUCCUGUAACUGUGGGUACCGUUCGUAAACUUGAUGUGGAUGUAGUUCUUUCGGGGUAUCAAAUUCCAAAAGGAACUGAUAUUCUAUCACCAAAUAUUGUUUUAUGUUUAUCGGAAAAACACUUUCCUCAACCUGAAAAAUAUUUACCAGAAAGAUGGCUUCGUAGUAGCCCUUCGGACCUAUCCGCACGAAAUACAAAUAUGUUUGUUUAUUUACCCUUUGGAUUUGGACCAAGAACAUGUAUUGGAAAACGUCUUGCUACGCAUGAAGUGGAGGUGCUAAUAGCAAAGUUAUUUAAAAAGUAUAAAUUCCAAUGGAAUUAUGGACCUAUGAGAUAUACAACUAAGUUAUUAUAUGAAGUAGCUGAUCCUUUACGGUUUGAACUUCAUCCCGUUUAAUUAUAAUGUGAUGUUAAAUUAUAACUUUUAACAGGAC